CGGAGUCGUCUAUUUGAAGCUUUCACGACGACAUACCGCGUCGUCUUCUCUCCUCCACGCAGUGUCAAUUGUAUCAUCAUGUCCACACUGAAGUUUCAAGCAGAGUGGGAAGAAAUCGACGAGGAAUAUCAACAGUUACAGGAAACGCAUAAAAUAUACAGACAAAAACUAGAGGAGCUCACAACUCUCCAGGCAACAUGCAGCAGCGCCAUCAGCAAACAGAGAAAAUGCUUGAAAGACCUGAGAUACAGCUUGAACAAGUGUGCACGAGCAUGUGAUGAAAAAGAAUUGGAAUUAAUAUCAGGCAUCAAAACACAAAUCAAAGAUAAAGAAAAUAUUUUCUUUGAUAUGGAAGCAUAUUUGCCAAAGAAGAAUGGACUGUACUUGAGUUUGGUCCUGGGCAACGUGAACGUGACGCUUCUCAGUAACCAGGCAAAAUUUGCCUACAAAGAUGAGUAUGAGAAGUUCAAGCUUUACAUGACAAUAAUCCUGAUGUUUGGAGCUAUAACCUGCCUCUUCUUUCUCAACUGCCGAGUCACUGAUGAAAUCUUCAACUUUUUGUUGGUGUGGUACUACUGCACACUGACCAUAAGGGAAAGCAUCCUCAUGAGCAAUGGCUCUAGGAUCAAAGGCUGGUGGGUGUCUCAUCACUAUGUCUCUACAUUCCUGUCAGGUGUUAUGCUUACCUGGCCAGAGGGACCAAUGUAUCAGAUGUUCCGAAGCCAGUUCCUCGCUUUCUCCAUUUAUCAGAGCUUUGUUCAGUUCCUGCAGUAUUACUACCAGAGCGGCUGCUUAUACAGGCUACGCGCGUUAGGUGAGAGAAAUCACCUGGACCUCACAGUGGAGGGAUUCCAGUCCUGGAUGUGGAGAGGGCUCACAUUUCUUUUGCCUUUCCUCUUUUUUGGCCACUUUUGGCAGCUGUACAACUCAGGGACCCUGUUCCGCUUGGCAGGACACCAGGACUGUAAGGAGUGGCAGGUAUUUAUGCUGGCACUGACGUUUCUCGUCCUUUUCCUGGGAAAUUUUCUCACCACAUUAAAGGUCGUCCACCAAAAAAUUCAGAAAAACGAGGAAAAAGUGCAAAAGAGUGACUGAGAAUAACCUCAUUAAAACACUUCUGAUCCUUCAAACGGACAGUAAUCAUGAAGCAACUGCGUGCUGCCGCGUGGGCCAGAGCUGAAUGGACCGCUCUCUCAGGCUUUCACGGCAUCAGCGUCCUGCCGGAGUAUCUGGCAAACGUGCACUUCCUGUCCAGUGGCUUGAUGUUGCUGUAAGGCAAACAAACAAAAAAAACCAGUGCAGAUGUUCACCCAAUUAGAUGAACAUUUUCCUGCUUGAUCCUGUGCGUAUGUGUGUGUGUGUCUGUGUCUGUGUGUGUGUAACAAAUGUUGUUGUUUGUGCCAGUGCAUGAGUAUCGAAGAGCCUUUGUUGAGAUCAUAUGCAACUAAAUGGGAGGAAUUGGGGAGCAGAAUAGAAAAUAGUUUGCCUUUUAAGACGUAAUGUCUGUCAUGUGCAUACUUCUGUGAAGUAGUAAUGGUCAAACUGGCUCCUGCUCAUGUUCACUCAUGUUGACACUACACUUCAUUUCUUCAUUCCUUCAUUUCUUGAACUGCCUAUUUUUUUUUUUUUUUUUUUUUUCGUUUCCCUUGUUAAGAUAAACAGUAUUUCUCUCCUGUUA